AUGAUCGUGGCCCCUCCGCCGCGAUCCUCCACUCUCACAGCCCUCGCCGUGUCCUCGACCCUCCUCCAGAUCGCAUCGAGCCAUGCGCUGCCCCGAGAAACAAAAACAGUCGCCAUGCGCGAGCUCAACGUGGCGCCGUGGCCCAUCGCCCCAACGCCAGCGCCUUUUCUCAGAUCAAUGCCGGAGCGUCAUCUGCUGCAGCAACGGGACUUCAACACCGUCUGUGGCUUUAUAGGGGGCGACCCAAACUUCCCAGCCACGUGCCUCGCCGGAUCGCACUGCGCCGUCGACGUCGAGAACAAGGCCAUCGGAUGCUGCGCGGACGGCGCGCCCUGCACCGAGGGCAUCUUCACCGGCUGCGUCGACGUCAACAGCCCGCCGCAGACGGAACUCAACCCUUACGUCUUCACCUGCACCGGCGCCGACGUGUGUUAUCAGAACCAUUUCGACGGGGGGUUCUUCCAGUUUGGGUGCGGCGCCUUUUCGCAUCUGGCGACGACGGUGGCCACCACGGCGGUUAGUCGCUCGCCGCUGGACUUUAGCCACGUCUCUUUCCAGCUGACGGCAACGCCCACGCUUCUCUCCGAGCCGACGACGAUUGGAUCGCGGACCGGGACCGAGUCUACUUCCAAGACCUCCAGUCGUGCGACCAAGACCAAGAGCACAUCCGACACCUCGGAGACGGACACGGCCACCUCAAGCGACUCAGCCUCAACCGGAACCUCGACGUCCACCUCCACCUCAACCCCUGAUCCCGCCGCGCCGACUUCCAGCGGCAGUUCAAAGGCCGGACCCAUAGCCGGAGGCGUGGUCGGUGGUCUCGCCGGUCUUGCUCUCCUUGCCGGCCUCAUCUUCUACUUCCUCCGCAAAAGGAGAACAGCCACGCCAACCCAGUACAUCACGCCGUCCACUGAAAAAUACGACAACUUUGACCCCCGUACAUAUCCUCCCAACACCGCUCUCCUGACGGAAGAAAGGGGCAUUCACGGCGACGAAGCUGAAAUGACCCCGAUUACCCCAAGACCAAGCCAACCCGCCCCGCAGCUCGGCGAGCUUGGUCUGGCUGUGCCUCUCGAUCCUGGAUACGGCAGGCCGUCGGACGAGAUUCCUCUGACGGAGCCUGCUCCAAAGCCAAGCUUCGUUCCGCCGCCGCUGGAUCCCGAACCCGAAGAUGACAGGCCGUAUAACCCACGGAGAAGAGGCGAUGGCGACGGCGCCUCUUUCUGGUCCCAGACAAGAUCCGAGUCUCGGUCUCGAGGCCGGCCGUGGGUUUGA